GGUCUCAUCCGCAUCAAUCGAUAUGGCGCCCGAAGGGCAACCCAAGCAAAGCCGGUGGCGCCUCGGCCGUCGCGGAGAUGCGAGAGCUGAUAAUGCCGGUGAAAAGGCUGGGCCGGCCAAAUGGAGCAUGGGCAUGUUGAACGAUCCGGAAACUAUCGAGGUUCCAGGCUCCGUCUUGCUGCUGGCUAGUGACCGCAAUGAGCCACUUGGUCUGCGCAAUGUUCAUGCUCGCACUUCACACUCAUCCAUUCCAGUUGGCUUUGCUGUGUCUCCCGGCGGCACUCAGCCAUCUCCGUGGGAACAGCCCGAGUCCGAGAAGCCGGUCAAUGAGUCCGCAGGCAAGAAGAAGACGGGCGACGGUAAGAUCAUCCUGGAACCGCAACCCGAAGAUUCCGUCAACGACCCCCUGAACUGGCCAACCUGGCGGCGAGAUUGCGCUCUCCUGUCACUGGGAUUCUACUGCAUGAUCGGAGGCGGCAUGACGCCCCUGAUCGCUGCGGGAUUCACCAACGUUGCGCAGGACUUUGAUGUCUCGGUCGAGCGCGUGUCGUUGACCACUGGCCUUUACAUGAUGGGCUUGGGCCUGGGGUCCGUUAUUGCCUCUCCCACGGCCAUCCUGUUCGGCAAACGGCCCGUGUAUCUCGCCGGAGCCAUUCUCUUCAUCGGCACCUGCAUCUGGGCUGGAUAUUCGCCCAGCUUCGGUUCCCUCAUCGCCGCCAGAGUCUUCCAGGGCGUUGCCGUGUCCCCAGUGGAAUGUCUGCCGUCUGCCACCAUUGCCGAAAUCUUCUUCCUCCACGAGCGCGCAUACCGCAUCGGAAUCUACACCCUCUUGCUUUUGGGAGGCAAGAACAUUAUUCCUCUCGUCAGCGCUGCCAUCAUUGGCCGCUUCGGCUGGCGCUGGGCUUUCUUUAUUGUUGCCAUGGUCGUUGCAUUUGCAUUUGUCCUACUGUUUCUCUUCGUCCCAGAGACUUUCUGGGAUAGAACGCCGACACGGCGAGUUUCCAGACGACCUAGCUUCCUUCGCCGGUUGUCAUCCCGCCAUGCCGACCCGGCUCAUGCAUCUGCCGGCCCACUCUCGCCUCGGGGGAAGUCGCCCGAGAGCUCACGGUCUCCUGGAGUUAUCGAGCGUCGCAGAGAGGUACAUAACCACAAAGAAGAGGGAACUGAUCAAGAGGGAGGCAAACGGGGAGAAUCCUCGCGCGGACCGUCUAUCCACAGUCCGCGGGCCUCCCUCACGUCGCCGCGGCCCAGCUUGGCUCCUGAACGCGGCCGAAGACUCCAUCCAGCAUCCCAUCCCACUCACAGCGCAGCGGAUAGCACGGUAACUGCCGAGUAUUACUCGACAGCGCCCAACCUCGACAACGAAAGAUUGCCCUCAUGGAAUUUUAGAGCGCCCCCCAAGGUCAAGAUGUACACCCACAACCUCCGCAACCAGCCGGCUCAGACCUUCAUCCAGCAGCUUAAGCCCUAUCACGGACGGCUCAACAACGACAACUGGUUCAAAGUCGCGGCCAGGCCAUUCAUCCUGUUUGCGUACCCCGCCGUCCUUUGGUCUGCUGUCAUCUAUGCCUGCUCCAUUGGCUGGCUGAUCGUCAUUUCCGAGAAUCUGGCUGUCAUCUACCGUAAUCCGGAUGGGUACAACUUCACGGCUCUCCAAACCGGUCUCGUAUACGUGUCACCCUUUGUCGGCGGCAUCCUCGGUACCGGCGUGGCGGGUAAAAUUAGCGAUAUUAUCGUCCGGGCCAUGGCCCGUCGCAAUGGCGGCAUGUACGAGCCAGAGUUCCGCCUCAUCAUGGCCAUACCGAUCCUCCUCACCACGUGCAUUGGGCUCAUGGGAUUUGGGUGGUCGGCGCAGGAGAGGGACAGCUGGAUUGUCCCCACCAUCUUCUUCGGCAUCACCUCCUUCGGCUGCUCCCUCGGCUCGACAACGUCCAUCACCUUUUGCGUCGACAGCUACCGCCAGUACGCUGGCGAGGCCCUGGUGACGCUCAACUUUUCCAAGAAUGUGCUUCACGGCCUGGUGUUCAGUCUGUUCAUUUCCCAGUGGCUGGCGGAUGAUGGCUCAAGGAGCGUGUAUAUCUAUCUCGGCGUCAUUCAGCUCAUCUUUUGCCUUUGCUCCAUUCCCAUGUACAUCUUUGGCAAGAGGGCCCGCAUGUGGACGGCGCGCAAGAACCUCAUGGAGAAGUUCUAA